AGGACUGUCGGCACUUCACGAAACAGGGCCAUGAUCCAAUUCCAUUAACGCUCUCCCCUCUCUUUGUCUCUCUCUCUCUCCUCUCUCUUUCUCUAGUCUCUGAGGACUGAGGAGAAAGAACAGAAGCGUCUUCAGAUGUUCAAUUUCUCUCUCUAACCGUGGUUAGCUAUAAACUAUAAAGUAUAGACUGUGAUCGCAGCUCUGGUCUCUUUCUCUCUCUUCCUCAUAAAUUAAGAAGAAAUUAAAUAAAGAGAAAAGAAAAAGGAGUGAGAGAGGAUCAAAAGAGGAAAAGAGAGUGAGGGCAGAGAGAAGCCAAAAGAGAAAUUUUGAAUACUUUUUUUCCUUUUCCUGAGCAAGACAUAGAUUGAAGAAGCUGCGGAGGUGAAGGUGGUUCAGAGUUUCUGGUCGGAUAAAUUCGAUCUCGAUCGCUUUUCUGUUUAUCGAGAUUUGCCAAGAACUGUUGUUACUUAUGGCAUUUGUAGAGGUAACCAAGCGAGGAUAGAAAAGGAAUUAGAGAAAUGUAGAGGAGUUGGAGAAGAUUGGAAAGUUAGCUUUGGGAUUGACGGAGGCUUGUUGGAGAAGCUUCAGAGAUACUGAGGUUGGUAGAUCGAGGGAGGUAGGGGUGUUUGGUUGUCUGCUGUUCCAACUGGAGAAAUUUAGGGCUGGUGAACUGCAUUGGAGUUCUGCAAGAUCAAAGGACUAAGAGUGUUUUUGGUUCGUGAGAAUGGUGAGGUUCAAGUACGAGUUGUCGAAGCGGAAGACUACUGUCUGGUGCGUUGAGUGGAGAAUGGUGUAGUAGAAUGCUUUGAAGUUGAUUGAAAGAUUUGGAAAGAGUUGCGGACGAGAGGAAAGCGAAUUGCAUCUGGCGUUUGACGUCUUCUUUUGAUCCCUACGAAUCAGAGUCAUGGAAUCGCGAAUGGAUCAUUAUGAGAUCAUGGAGCAGAUUGGCCGGGGAGCUUUUGGAGCGGCCAUUCUGGUCAAUCACAAAUUGGAGAGGAAAAAGUAUGUAUUGAAGAAGAUCCGGCUUGCACGACAGACGGAUCGCUGCAGGAGGUCCGCUCAUCAAGAGAUGGCUCUCAUUGCACGAAUCCAGCACCCUUACAUUGUUGAAUUCAAGGAAGCAUGGGUGGAGAAAGGUUGCUAUGUUUGCAUUGUCACUGGAUACUGUGAAGGUGGAGACAUGGCGGAGUUGAUGAAAAGAGCAAAUGGGGCAUUAUUUCCAGAGGAGAAACUGUGCAAGUGGUUCACCCAAUUACUAUUGGCUGUUGAGUAUCUGCAUUCAAACUUUGUUCUACAUCGAGAUCUAAAGUGUUCUAACAUCUUUCUCACCAAGGACCAAGAUGUUCGUCUUGGGGAUUUCGGACUUGCUAAAACUCUAAAAGCAGAUGACCUGGCUUCUUCUGUAGUUGGGACUCCUAAUUACAUGUGUCCGGAACUGCUUGCUGAUAUCCCUUACGGCUUCAAAUCUGAUAUCUGGUCAUUAGGGUGCUGUAUGUAUGAGAUGGCUGCCCACCGCCCCGCAUUUAAAGCUUUUGAUAUGGCAGGAUUAAUAAGCAAGAUAAACCGUUCAUCCAUUGGCCCUUUGCCAGCAUGCUAUUCCUCUUCCUUGAAGACACUUAUCAAGAGCAUGCUGAGGAAGAACCCAGAGCAUCGUCCAAGCGCAUCUGAGAUGCUAAGGCAUCCUUAUUUGCAACCAUAUGUUGAUCAAUACCGUGCAUCUUCCAGUCCCCCUACAGCCUAUUCCCCAGAGAAACCAAUCUCUACUGCAUGCCAUGCUCAGAAAAAUAUGGCUGAAAGCCAAAAUAGUAACAGUUCUAGCAGUGAUAAAGAAAGUUUGGUUUCAAGUGAAAGAAACAAUUCAGCAUUGGUGUUCAACUGUGACCACAAAGCCACUGACACAGAUGUUGUUUCAACUGAUGAUGGAGUGGAUAGUGAGCAGCCCUUCAUAAGUGAUGAACAUGGAAUUGGUAGAUCCACUGUCAAAGUGGAUGAACAAGAGGUGGUGAACCCCCCUCAUGUCGAACAACAACCCAAGGUUGAAGCAAAACAACCAAAAACAAUUAGGAACUUAUUUAUGGCUUUGAAAGAAGAGGGAAAAGCCCGAGAAAAUAGUUCACCAAUGAGAGGCAAUCGUGCAAAGGCUGGAGCUGUAACUACCCAAAAAGUUAACAUAGAAGCAUCACCUAAAGUCCCCAAACCCAAUGCAAUUCCUCCUGGUUCUAAAUCCAAUGUGGAUACACCUGGUGUUACAGCAAAGGCAAACAGUGAUUCUGUGAAACGGGUCCAAGGAUCACAUCUUUUGAAGCAUCAGUUUCCUUUGUUUGACUCCUCUCCAAAAACUAAAGCCAAGUAUGAUGGAGCUUCAUCUCCUGGUCUUGUAAAACAAGUUCUAGAUGAUGGACUUCCAGCCAAGCCCAGGCAACGUCCUCCUAUUCUGGCUAGACGAUCUUCCUUUUCAGGACCUUUGAGGCCUUCAAGCCCUGUGAAUAAUGGCUUGAAGCCAGGACCAAGUGAUAUGACCCAAGAGCCUGAAAGGAUUUCUGAUUUGCCCAAUGUCAUCAAGCAUGCCCUGACACCAAUUGCACAGGAAUCUGAAAAAACUCCAGUAAGAGAUUCCAAAGGACUACAGACAGAUGGUGCCAAUUCCAAAGGACUACAGACAGACAGUGCCAAUUCUAAAGGACUACAGACAGAUAGUGCCAAUUCUAAGGGAUUACCAUCAGAUGGUGCCAAUUCUAAAGGACUACAGACAGACAAUGCCAAUUCUAAAGGAUUACAGACAGAUGGUGCCAAUUCUAAAGGACUACAGACAGACAUCGCCAAUUCUAGAGGACUACAGACAGAUAGCAAAAAUUCCAUAGGACUACAGACAGAUAGCAUCAAUUAUAGAGGACUACAGCAGACAGAUACAGACAGUAACAAUUCCAGAGGACUACAGACAGAUAGCACCAUUUUGGUACCAUCGUCAAAGUCAACUCAGUUUCUUGAGCUUUGUGAAGAGCUAGCAGCCCCUUUACCAAACUUCAAGGGGCAAAGCAACUCUUGUUCACCGAAUAUGAUACUCCAUGAGAGAUACAGUCAUACUGAAAUUUCACAGGGACAUGAUUACACUGAAACUUCAAAGGGCAAAGCAAUUCCUACUACUUGCUUGGUUGCUCCAUGUCUACAUACUGCUAGGCCAGAAAACCUAUCUGUGGAAAGUAAAGGACAUGAUUAUAGACCUGUAUCAUGCUCGGUCAAGACAUCUGAGGCGAAUUUGGAUCAUCAGAAGAAUACUACCAGUAAUGACAAAAUGAGUGGUAGUGCUGGUCCACAGCCAUGUUUCCCAAACUCUGAGCAUGAGUAUGCCUGUAAGGAUGAAAUCUCCAUAAGCAAGCCUAGCAAUAGAGACAAUGCAAUACCACAAUCCAAGCUUAUUUCUACACCUAGCGAUGAUGACAAGUUUACUGUGACAGAACUCCUUUCAUCCGUGGCUGACACUACACCAAUUUCAGCAACCCAAAACAAUUUGCAACCUGAGAAGAUUCCAGUACUGCCAAGUCCAGCAGUUGAGAAGCCAAAUGCAGCCCAGGCCCAUUUAAAACCAGCCUUUGAUGAUGUCAUCCAUGUCAUAAGGCACAGCAGCUUCCGAGUAGGGAGUGAGCAGCCUGUGAUGGAAACCGUGGAGAUGGGGGUUCAAAAUAUGGAUGUGGGCAAGUUACUAAAUGUAGUAAGGGAAGAGGUGGAGAUGAGGAGCACAACACCACCAGUUACUCUGAAAUCACCAGGUUGCUUGGAAGCAGUUACUGUGAAAUCAAGUAUUUCGGGCAGUCCAGGCAACAAUAUGGAUGUAGGCAAGUUACUAAAUGUAGUAAGGGAGGAGGUGGAGAUGAGAAGCACAACACCACCGGUUACUCUGAAGUCACCAGGUUGCUUGGAAGCAGUUACUGUGAAAUCAAGUAUUUCGGGCAGUCCAGGCAACAAAGAAGUAGAUGCCAGGAACCCUACCCGACCUAUUCCAAAACCUGACUUUUCUGAACUAACAAAUUCCUCUUCAGAGGUUACCACUACUGGUGUGAAGGAAGAGGACACUCCAGCGAAAGAAACUUUGAAUGUAAAGUCGUUUAGGCAGAGAGCAGAGGCACUUGAAGGGUUGCUGGAACUGUCUGCGGAGUUGCUACAACAAAAUAGGCUUGAAGAACUUGCCGUUGUCUUGAAGCCUUUUGGGAAGGAUAAGGUCUCUCCACGAGAGACAGCAAUCUGGUUGGCAAAGAGUCUCAAAGGGAUGAUGAUAGAGGACUCUGGACGGCUUGUGUGAUGUCUCAGAUAUCAUCUGUAUGUUAUUUCAGUUUCUUGCCAGUUCUCUUCUUCUGUUACCUUUUGGCAUUCACCUAUUCAAAUUCCAUUUGAAUUACAAGCAGAACAGGCCUACCUCUGCCUUAUCCAGUUUUUCUUUCCCCAUCUCUUGUAUUCUUUCAAUGGCAGAAUCUGUUGUAUAUAUAGUGAGUAUAGCAAUUAAAUAAAUAUGAAUUUUUGGUUAAAUGGAUGAAUA